AUGGCCUUCAAGCUCUCCCUUCGACGCCAAUCGACGGCACUGGCCUGUUCUUGGGCAGCCCGAGUCCCCGGGGUCUCGCGCCGGUCCUUUGCUUCGGCCUCGUCCAGUUUAGCCGAGGGCGUUCAACAGACGAUCCAGAGGGAUGCUUCGCUGCCCAACCCCGAUCCCAAGGCGGAUUCGCCGAGCGCGGCUCUCGUAGACGAUCAUGCGCCUUUUAUGGUAGCGACGUACGCUCGGCCGCCCCCCGUCUUCGUCCAAGGCGAGGGCUCGUGGCUCUGGGACAUUGAGAACCGUAAAUACCUUGACUUCACCGCCGGCAUUGCCGUCACGGCCCUGGGACACUGCGAUGCUGGCUUCACUAGGAUUCUGGCGGACCAGGCAAAAACCCUCGUGCACGCUUCCAACUUGUACUACAACCCGUGGACGGGCGCCCUGUCGAAGCUACUGAUUGAGAAGACACUCGAGUCGGGCUGCAUGCGCGACGCAAACGCCGUCUUCGUAUGCAACUCUGGCUCCGAAGCCAACGAGGCCGCCAUCAAGUUUGCGAGAAAGGUCGGCAAGGUCGUCGACCCGUCGGGUGACAAGCACGACUUUGUGUCUUUCAACAACGCCUUCCACGGCCGUACCAUGGGCAGCCUCUCGGCCACGCAUAACCCCAAGUACCAGAAGCCCUUUUCGCCUAUGGUGCCGGGCUUCCGCCAGGCUAAAUACAACGACAUCGAGUCCAUCCCCGCGGCCGUCACGGAAAAGACGUGCGGCGUCAUCGUCGAGCCCAUCCAAGGCGAGGGGGGUGUGCAGACGGCGAGCCCCGAGUUUCUCGUCGCCCUCGCCAAGAGGUGCCGAGAGGUCGGUGCCGUCCUGAUAUAUGACGAGAUUCAGUGUGGCCUCUCCCGGACCGGCACCUUCUGGGCUCACGGGAACCUGCCCGAGGAGGCGCACCCGGAUAUCCUCACCACGGCAAAGGCCUUGGGUAACGGCUACCCUGUUGGCGCCGUGCUGGUGAACACGCAUGUCAGCGAAAAGAUCAAGGUGGGCGACCACGGGACGACAUUUGGCGGCAACCCCCUGGCGUGCCGGCUCGCGCACUACAUGGUUUCUCGGCUUUCGGAGCCCCAGCUCCAGAAGGACGUGCUGGCCAAGUCCAACCUCUUCCGGGACCGUUUUCAGCGGCUGCAGGCUCGGUUCCCCGAGCUCGUCGGUGAAAUACGCGGAAGAGGCCUGAUCUUGGGCCUGCAGCUGACAGAGGACCCGAGCCCCAUCGUGCAGGCUGCGCGGGAGCGAGGACUGCUGGUCAUUACCGCGGGGACCAACACGCUGCGGUUUGUCCCAAGCCUGACCGUUACGAAUGAGGAGAUCGAUGCUGGCCUCGAUAUGCUCGAGGACGCCAUUGCCGCCACUCGAGCUUAG